AUGGAGGAUUCGGGCUUGGACAAGCACCGAGGGCCUGGACUCGAACCAAGGUUUCACGGCGAGGCGUCGAGCGGGAGCCUGCAACAGAACAGGACUGCUGGGAUGCCACUCCGACUGCGGAGGCAGCGGGAAGUACCAUGCCGUUUCUUCCUCCAGGGUCGCUGCGUGAAAACCAAUUCGUGUCCAUUCCUUCAUAACCCAUCUCUAGGAGGCGCCCAGAGAAAUCCCGAGUCGAGCCACGCUUUGCGGUCGCCUCCGGAGGACUCUCAUUCGGCUGCGGACCUGCCUGCGGAGCCUGCAGGAGAAACGCAGCCGAGUUGCCCGAGCCCGGGGAGUGGACCGCCGAGUCAUCGAUCGCAGUUGGGGCGAGACAGGGAGGUUGCUUCGCGGGGAGGAGGGUCCCAGCGAGGCCGCGGCGGUCAUACUUGUUCUGCACGUCCGCGUCGACCAGAAAGCUCGCUUUUGUCAUCGAAUUUUCACUGCAUGGAGGGGCAAGAUGGGCAAGAGGAACCUUCUGCUCCUUCAGUGACAGUUCCCUCGGCAUCGGGCAGUGCCGCUUCCGACGCCCUUUCCAGAGGACUAGCGGCUCACGACUCCGAACCACGCGGGCGCCGCCGGCCGAACCUGGCGCGCCCUGAAGGGACUUCUUCGUCGACAGCCGUGCGAGGCUCCGCUCGACGAGGGAGAGGGUCGUGUCGCGCGCCGCGGAGAGAUCGCACAGCGGACGGCUCCAAAGAAGCUCGCAAGGGGGGGAACGAGGGCGGCGCGGCGACCGAGGCGAGCGCUUCGCCGGCCUCUGCGCAGAGUGAAGGCCCGCAGCCUCCGUCGCGGGCGUCAGGCGUCUCUAGGCCUGCGGCGGGACCGCCGAGACAGGCUGUGAGUCGGCCGCCGUGCCUUCCAGGGCAGAGUGGCUUCCCUGGCGGACCGGCACGCAACCAAGGAUGGUCUUGGGAAGAAGAGAGACUCCGACUCCAGAGACUGUAUGGGGCUUCCUUCUCUCGAAUCCCUCCAUUCGCUGAGCCCGUCGUCCGGCCAAGGGCAAGCGCGGACGGGGCUGGUAGCGAGCCUGCGCGGGCUGCGCCUCAGCCCUGCGAACAGAACGAGGGCGAGAUCCCGGCGGCGGGCCUCAAGGAACCGCAGCGGGCAGGCGACGCCAGCGUGGUGGGAAAGGCAGAUGACGGCAAGAGAGAGGAUGGGCGUGAGGAGGACAGGAGCCCCAGUGCUCCUCGUGAGGAGAAACAACCUAAAAGAGGCGGAGCUUCCGCAGGAGAGAUCGCGGAUAUCAUCCGCUUGACGCAUAUUCCCACCGACCCCGACUUCGACUCAACCCUGCUUCCCAACGGCCUGACUGUGGAGAUCACAGUGCGAGCCCAGUAUCCAGGGAUCGUGGGUCAAAGGAAGGCGACGGAGACGACCCCACAUGAGAGGACGGAAGGUGCGGUCGCGUCGUCUUUUCCCCAGAACUCAGCAGCGGAAGGCCGCGCUGCUUCACCAGCUGAGCCGGGAAAGGAGGAAGACCAAGGCGGCGCGGGGGGCAAGCAGGCGUCGUCGGCGGAAAACCACGGAGAGCAACUUGCUCGCGGAAUCCGCGAACAAGAGGAGUGCGACAGUGACCAGGAGAAGAAGACGUCCGCACCUGCGGCAAGUCAGCCACCGCACGACAUCACUUCCCUGCGGGUGUGUAAUGCAGAACUGGGGGAGUUUCUUGUCGAGACGAUCCCUAAGGUUUUUCAGGAAUACGUCUUGAAAAACCCGCACGAAUCUUUCUUGGUGCAUCGGGCGCUCAAGUUCGUCGACAGGCACUUGGCGACCGUUUUCGCCCUCAGCCGCCCUCGGGGCCCGACCACCGCCCAGACGUCCUCUGGAGGGGCUCAGGAGCCUCCCGGGGCGCACAAGGCAGGGCCGGCGGAGGAGGAGAAAAAGGGGGAGUGGACUUUAGACGAACAGAAAAGACUCGAAGAAGGCCUGGUGUGGUAUCGCCGAGUCGCGGAUCCUGUGACAAAGUGGAAGCUGAUUGGCUCCUUCGUCCGCACGCGAUCUGCUAGGGAAUGCGCUCAGCGCUUUCGAGAUUGUCGCGAAGCGAUCCUCCGCCGGGCAGAGGCUGUCCGCGCUGACGCUGCCGAGGCCGACGGAGGCGCUGCAGCAGCUGAUGAGGAGGCGGAAGAAAGCGAGGCAGAUGAGUCUCCAGUCUCCGCGCCCGCCUCGGCGUCGGCGGGGGGCAGUGCGACGAGCGACGGCGGGAAAGAGUUGCAGGGCGCCGCGGUCGGCCUCGUCGGCUUCCAGCUGGAAGGCGCCUCGGCGAUGCACCCCGCGGCGCUCAAGGUCCUCGUCGCUUGCGAGAGAUGUAAAAAGCCCGCGGACGUCAGACUGGUGACGCCAAAAGAUGGAACCUCUCUCGAAGUGACGGGGACGGCGACGGACUGCGCCACCUGCCACCUCCGGAUGGUCGUUCGGUUCCAGCCCAAAAUCGCAUUUUUGUCGACCUCCGGAGGGCACGCGGGCGACACCAUCGCCACGGUGGAAACCAUCCAAUGCCGAAUGCGCGACUUGCUUCCCAGCGACUACAUGGUCACCUGCGACAAGUGCGCCGCGACGAUUAAGAUUAAAGAAGUCUUCUCAGGCGCUCCGCGAAUUGCAAUCUGCAGGCACUGCCACAACAAAAUUCUGCUGUGCUACCAGUCGGCGUUUUACUCUGGACGCGCGGAGGCCGAUGCAGGAAUGCUGUCAGCCGUCUCUAUGAAGGGCCUCUCCGUCGUGAACAACUCAGAAAAGAAGAAGAAAGCCAAGGACGAGCUGACGCUGAAGAUAGGCACUCCGCUGCCAGACAACGGCACCUGCAAGCACUACAAGAAGUCCUUCAGGUGGCUGCGCUUCCCGUGUUGUGGCAAGGCAUUUCCCUGCGACCUCUGCCACGACUCCAGCGCGGACCACGACCACGUGUGGGCGACUCGGAUGAUUUGCGGCUUCUGCUCCAAGGAGCAGGCCUUUGGAAACCGUCCCUGCGAUUGCGGACAUGCGCUAACCAAGGAUGGAAGCACGUCUCACUGGGAGGGAGGAAAGGGCUGCCGAGACGCCGUUCGGAUGAACCGAAACGACUCGAAGAAAUACAAGCUCCUCAGCAAACAGAGAGCCGAAGCAGCGGGGGGAAACAAAACUGGAGGUCGCAAGUAG